AUGACAAGUGAUGGAAGGGCCUCCGCUGGGCAUAGUGCGAAAUCCAGCGCAUUGCCGUGGGUUGAAAAGUACCGUCCUGUCACACUCGACGAAGUGGUGGCGCACGAGGACAUUCUUUCCACGACAAAGCGGCUCAUGGACAGUGGCAAUUUACCACACCUUCUCUUCUAUGGCCCACCCGGCACUGGAAAGACGACGACCAUCAAAGCCUGCGCUUACUACCUGUUUGGGAAAGAGCGCCUCCGAGCAAAUGUGCUCGAGAUGAAUGCCUCGGAUGAUCGCGGUAUAGACGUUGUUCGAAAUCAGGUGCGUGAGUUCGCCAGCACGAGUUCCUUCUACUUUGCUCCUUCACCCUCUGCGCCCAACUGCGCUGCCUUCAAGCUGGUUAUCCUCGAUGAGGCGGACCAGAUGUCCGGCGACGCGCAGGCCGCGUUGCGACGCAUCAUUGAGAAGUAUACAAGAAACGUGCGCUUUUGUAUUCUCUGCAAUAACAUCAACAAGAUUAUUCCGGCUCUGCAGUCGCGGUGUACCCGUUUCCGGUUUGCCCCGAUUAAAAAGAGCGCCAUGCUGCCCCGGCUAAAGUUUGUGGCACAGGAGGAAGGCGUACGCUUUACGGAUGAGGGUCUUGUAGCGGCAUUCGCUCUUAGCAAUGGCGACCUGCGUCGGUGUCUGAAUACGAUGCAGGCCUCUGCCAUGUCAACAGGGGAAAUUACAGAGGAGUCCGUAUACCGUGUCACUAGCAACCCCACCCCAGCGGAGGUACGCGGCAUUGUAGAGGAUAUGAUUUCAGAUGAUUUUGCCGUGUCGUGGGAUAAGCUUCAAAAAUCUGUCUCCGAAAAGGGUAUUUCUUCAACAGACUUGGUACGCGAGGUACACCACAUUGUGAUGGCGAUGGAUUUACCGCAGGAGAGCAAGUGCUUUCUGCUCAUGAAGUUAGCAGACGUGGAAUAUUACGCUGCGGGUGGUGCAAAGGAAACCACAUGCAUGAGUGGUAUUCUGGGUGCUUUUCAGCUAGUGAAGGAGGCGUUAACGCAAAAGCGGCGCGUGUUUGAGAUCGCCAAUCCCUGA